UUUUUUAAGGAGAGAUGUUUUCUGCAAGGAUUUGCACCCAUAAUAAUGACAGAGUUUGCAGGAGGGCCUUGCUGCUGGAACAGAGAAAACCUUACAUGGCAAGGCCCAUAAGGAAUAAUACCUAUGUUGCAACAGUGUUUCAAACAGUGGCUAGUUUAUUCCCUGAUUCACUCCAUAAUGUCCAUGGGGCAAGCACUGAGAGGGAUGAAGUAGUAACUGGAAGGAUUUUUAUGAAUGUAAUGCUGUUGUAAUUUAGCAACUAGAAUGUGUGAAGGACUUUUCAAACAGCUGGCUUACUACAGACCACCAAAAGAUAAUUUGUGUCUACAGUUACUUUGUGUGUCACCAUUUUACGAUUGGAUGUCUAACAUAUUUUAUUUAUGCAGUUGUACRAAGGUCUAUCACUGUAUUGACACCCAUCUGGGUGAUUUGUAGYGGUCACAAAUGGAGCACAAACUGAGCUUGAGGAAACUGCUAGAGGAUUCAGAGUAUCAAGAACAACUGAACUACGACUUCAAUAUAAAAGGGGAACUGAGGCAUGUGGACACCAAUGAGUCCUUUGUUUUCAAUUACUACAAGAAUGCCCAUGAGAGGAAUCAUAAACGCUAUCAAGCAUUGGGGCACGUGCUUUCCCAGUAUGUUUAUGAGCUCCUGGAAGGAGAAUGCCUGCUGCAGAAAGUCUAUAUUCCUACUGAUGCCACUGGGGAUGAACCGAGAAGUUUCUUUUUCAUGAGCGAGAAUGCACUAACAAGCACCUCUAGCCUAACUGUCCUUCUUCAAGACCGUGGAGUCUUUCAUGCUGGACAGUGGGGGCAAAAGACUGUUAUCAAUGAGGGCCUGGACCACGGCACACAGAUACCCUUCAUCAAAAUGGCCCUUCAAGGCCAGGGGGGAGUGAUUGUACUCAACCCCAACGACAACUUCUUGCAUCUGAAGACAGAAGAGCAGAGGUCAACUGUUUCUAAGAGGCAAGAAUCAUCAUCUUCCACGGAGUUCCUCUGGUUGGUCCCCAAGCAGUGCAGCAGCAGCCCGGAGGAGCAUACCACCUAUGUGUGGGAUCACUUUAUUUCAAAAAGUGCAGCCAAGAAGGUGGCCUUCAUUGCGCAUGGCUACGGCGGCUUGGUGUUCAUCAAUCUGCUCGUGCAGAGAAAAUGGGAGGUGAUGAGUAAAGUGUACGCGGUGGCGUUCAUCGACUCCAUGCACAAUACGCAGCACCAGGCUGGAAGYGACCCACAAAUACAAGAAUGGAUACAAAAACACUGCCAAGAAUGGGUAUCAAGCAGUAAGCCGCUCGGUAAACCUGUGGGGUCCCUUGUGAAAGUGAACUGUCCUACUGUCUCUGCUGGAACUGAAAAGUACAGCUUGGCACCUUCCUCCUGCUUACAUGCCAUCUUYAAGUACCUGAAGAGCACUCUGAAAACCAAGACUGCAGCAGCACCCUUUACACGUUCACCUAUCGCAACCCGAAGCAGCACAAGUAAGAAGAAAGACAAUAAAUAAAAAGCAUACUUGUGUGGUUUUCCUGGGGGUCUCUUCCUUUCACAACCACUUCUGCAUCUUUUUCCACCUUUAAGUCAUCCAAUAACUUUUCUCUUGCUGUAGAGCAAUUUAUGGGUUUAAAGAUGGUUUUCUUUUGAGAAACAAAUAUAAGUAAAUAUUAGGAAAGAACAGCAUAGUUGUAAGCUUUAAACCACAACUCUUUGUCUGUCUCUGAAAUUCACACUUGUAUAAAAUAAAGAUGUUAAGGUAUACCAACUCUAAUAUGCAUUAUUUUUUAAAAUCUGUAUUCUGUAGUCAUGGAUCUACAAUCAGAYUAAAUUGUAGUUAAAAAUUCAAAUUUCUUAAAUACCUUG